AUGGCAGGGUAUCGGACUUCUACUGCUGUGGUGGUUAUCCUCUGUCAUGUUCUGGUUCUCAAUGCUUCAUUUCAAUCAGCACUGGUGUUGAACAUGGCAAAUAUUCUGCGUAACAACUAUUGUUUCCCGGAGAAUCUGAUUGGUAUGCAGGAGGCAAUCCAACAAGCGAUAAGCAGCGGAGAAAUCCUACACAUAUCUGAUCGGAAGACACUGGCUGCUGUCCUGACUGCUGGAGUACAGGGUGCACUCAAUGACCCCAGACUGACGGUGUCAUACGAGCCCAAUUAUGUUCCCAUCACGCAACCUGCGCUUUCAUCUCUUCCCACAGACCAGCUUAUUCGGUUAAUUAGGAACUCUGUUAAACUGGAGGUGAUGGACAACAACAUUGGUUAUUUGAGGAUUGAUCGUAUUAUCGGAAAAGAGACUGCUGCAAAACUGGGACGUCUCCUCCAUGACAAUAUCUGGAACAAGGUUGUUCAUACCUCCUCAAUGAUUUUUGACUUGCGUUUCAGUACAGCUGGGGAGCUGUCAGGUGUUCCUUACAUAAUUUCAUAUUUUUCUGAACCUCAUCCACCUCUCCUUAUUGAUAUGAUCUAUGACCGACCCACAAAUACAACAAAGGAGCUAUGGACUAUGCCAACUCUCCUUGGUGAUAGGUAUGGAAAAAGGAAAGACUUGAUCAUUUUAACCAGCAAGCGCACAAUGGGGGCUGCAGAGGCUGUUGCAUAUAUUUUGAAACACAUGAACAGAGCUAUCAUUGUGGGAGAAAGGUCAGCAGGAGGCUCAGUGAAAGUGGAGAAGCUAAAGAUUGGAGAUUCUGAUUUUUAUAUCACAGUCCCGGUUGCUAAAUCUGUUAACCCUGUCACUGGCCAAAGCUGGGAAGUGAGUGGGGUGUUGCCAUCUGUGUCUGUAAACCCAAAAGAAGCAGUUCUCAAGGCAAAGACCCUCCUAGCAGUCAGGAGAACCAUUCCAAAAGCAGUCAAAAGCAUCUCUGACAUCAUUAAACGAUUUUACUCAUUCAGAGAAAAAGUCCCAAUUUUGCUGAAACAUCUCGUCACAACAGACUUUUUUACAGUUAUAUCUGAAGAGGACUUAGCAGCCAAACUAAAUUAUGAACUGCAGUCUAUAUCAGAAGAUCCUAGACUGAUCAUUACAGCAACAAAACAGCCACCAGUUAUUAUCAGAGAUGGUCCUGAGCCACAUUUGACAUCUGAUGAACAACCAUACCCUGUGGAUAAAGUAUUCAAAGUGCAUUUACUAACUGGUAACACUGGCUAUCUCCGCUUUGACAAGUUCCCAGAAGCCUCGGUUCUGCUCAGACUUGAAAGCCAUAUCACCAGAAAAGUCUGGGAGCCAAUCAAAGAUACAGAGAACUUGGUCAUUGACCUACGUUAUAACACUGGCGGAUCCUCAGAUGCUUUACCUGUUCUGCUCUCUUAUCUCUAUGACACGUCACUGAGUAUUCAUCUAUUUACCAUCUAUAACAGCAUCCAGAACACCACCACAGAGUUACACACACUAUCUAGCAUACAAGGUCCAUCCUAUGGAUCAAGACGUGGAGUGUAUGUGUUGACAAGCUAUGACACUGCUGCUGCUGGAGAGGAAUUUGCCUAUCUAAUACAGUCUCUGCAUCGUGGCACAGUUAUUGGAGAGAUAACAUCUGGAACUCUCUUGCAUUCUAGAUCUUUUCAUGUAGAGGAUACAGAUAUUGUGAUCACUGUCCCUGUCAUAAAUUUCAUUGAUAACAAUGGCGAGUGCUGGCUAGGUGGCGGAGUUGUUCCAGAUGCAAUUGUGCUGGCUGAGGAUUCCAUUGAGCAGGCUCACGAAAUUAUAGAGUUCCACAAGAAUAUUCAACACCUAGUGCAGAUAGUCGGGGAGCUCCUAGAAAAGCACUAUGCCAUUCCAGAGAUUGCUGCAAAGAUCAGUCAAGUCUUGUACUUGAAAUGGACAGAUGGUUUAUAUCGCUCUGUGGUUGACUAUGAGUCUUUGGCUUCUCAGCUGACUGUCGAUCUCCAAGAGACAUCAAAUGACCACAGACUGCAUGUUUUCUAUUGUGAAACUGAACCAGAAUCAUUGAAUGAAAUACCAAAAAUCCCCUCUCCUGAUGAGGUGAGUCACAUCAUUGAUGCUGUCUUCAAAACGGAUGUCCUUCCUGGGAAUGUUGGCUACUUGAGGCUCAAUAUGAUGCCAGAUAUCGAAGUUAUGCAAGCAAUCAGCCAACAGUUCAUCAAACUUGUUUGGAACAAGCUAUUGAACAGUGAUGUGCUAGUCAUUGACAUGAGAUUUAACACAGGUGGCUAUUCUACAGCAAUCCCACUUUUGUGCACAUAUUUCUUUGAUGCUGAACCCUUAAGGCACCUGUAUACAGUUUUUGAUCACUCCACCUCUACUAAGACAGAGGUAAAGACUCUUUCCCACAUUUUGGGGCAAAGGUAUGACUCUCGGAAGGACUUAUACAUUCUCACCAGCCACAUGACAGGAUCGGCUGCUGAGGUGUUCACUCGAACGAUGAAAGAUCUGAAAAGGGCAACAGUGAUUGGAGAGCCCACCAUUGGAGGAUCCCUCUCCAGUGGGAUAUAUCAGAUUGAAAACAGCAUUUUAUAUGCCUCCAUUCCCAACCAAGUCAUCAUGAGUCCAGUGACUGGAAAAGUUUGGAGUUUGUCUGGCGUUGAACCACAUGUGGUAGCCCAAGCAACUGAUGCACUGAAUGUUACCCAAAGGAUCAUAGCUGCACGACGUCAAAAGAAAGACUCAGGGUCAUAA